AUGGAAAAAGUUGUAGGUAUGAAAAAAUAUUACAAAUCUAGGGGUUAUUCGGGAGGGAUAAAGGAGAACGUAGGGGAGAUUUGGGACAAUAGAGAGAACGUAGGGGAGAUUUGGGGUAAUAGAGAGAACGUAGGGGAGAUUUGGGGUAAUAUAGAGAACGUAGGGGAGAUUUGGGGUAAUAGAGAGAACGUAGGGGAGAUUUGGGGUAAUAUAGAGAACGUAGGGGAGAUUUGGGGUAAUAUAGAGAACGUAGGGGAGAUUUGGGGUAAUAUAGAGAACGUAGAGGAGAUUUGGGGUAAUAGAGAGAACGUAGGGGAGAUUUGGGGUAAUAUAGAGAACGUAGAGGAGAUUUGGGGUAAUAGAGAGAACGUAGGGGAGAUUUGGGGUAAUAUAGAGAACGUAGGGGAGAUUUGGGACAAUAGAGAGAACGUAGGGGAGAUUUGGGGUAAUAGAGAGAACGUAGGGGAGAUUUGGGGUAAUAUAGAGAACGUAGGGGAGAUUUGGGGUAAUAGAGAGAACGUAGGGGAGAUUUGGGGUAAUAUAGAGAACGUAGGGGAGAUUUGGGGUAAUAUAGAGAACGUAGGGGAGAUUUGGGGUAAUAUAGAGAACGUAGAGGAGAUUUGGGGUAAUAGAGAGAACGUAGGGGAGAUUUGGGGUAAUAUAGAGAACGUAGAGGAGAUUUGGGGUAAUAGAGAGAACGUAGGGGAGAUUUGGGGUAAUAUAGAGAACGUAGGGGAGAUUUGGGGUAAUAUAGAGAACGUAGGGGAGAUUUGGGGUAAUAUAGAGAACGUAGGGGAGAUUUGGGGUAAUAGAGAGAACGUAGGGGAGAUUUGGGACAAUAGAGAGAACGUAGGGGAGAUUUGGGGUAAUAUAGAGAACGUAGAGGAGAUUUGGGGUAAUAGAGAGAACGUAGGGGAGAUUUGGGGUAAUAUAGAGAACGUAGAGGAGAUUUGGGGUAAUAGAGAGAACGUAGGGGAGAUUUGGGGUAAUAUAGAGAACGUAGGGGAGAUUUGGGGUAAAAGAGAGAACGUAGGGGAGAUUUGGGGUAAUAGAGAGAACGUAAGGGAGAUUUGGGAGAACGUAGGGGAGAUUUGGGACAAUAGAGAGAACGUAGGGGAGAUUUGGGGUAAUAUAGAGAACGUAGAGGAGAUUUGGUGUAAUAGAGAGAACGUAGGGGAGAUUUGGGGUAAUAUAGAGAACGUAGGGGAGAUUUGGGGUAAAAGAGAGAACGUAGGGGAGAUUUGGGGUAAUAGAGAGAACGUAGGGGAGAUUUGGGGUAAUAGAGAGAACGUAAGGGAGAUUUGGGAGAACGUAGGGGAGAUUUGGGACAAUAGAGAGAACGUAGGGGAGAUUUGGGGUAAUAUAGAGAACGUAGAGGAGAUUUGGUGUAAUAGAGAGAACGUAGGGGAGAUUUGGGGUAAUAUAGAGAACGUAGGGGAGAUUUGGUGUAAUAGAGAGAACGUAGGGGAGAUUUGGGGUAAUAUAGAGAACGUAGGGGAGAUUUGGGGUAAUAUAGAGAACGUAGGGGAGAUUUGGGGUAAUAUAGAGAACGUAGGGGAGAUUUGGAACAAUAUAGAGAGAACGUAG